GGAGAAACACAGACGCUCAUCUAGUGAAUGAGGGCCCCACACACACAGAGAGAGAGAGUCAGUCUCUCACAGGAGAUCUUCACCAGCACACUGUGUUUGGAGUAUACCGGGACAUUCACGUCUUUAGUUUGCUGAACGGGAUCUUUGGAGUGCAGGAUGGAAAACACGUGUGAGGUGUGGAAACCGGCACAGUAGAGCGUAUUGACGGCUCAGACGGCGGCCGAUGCCCCAAAACACGCUGACCCUUGACCCUGCGAUGCCCACCGAGCUGCUGAAAGACACCAUGACGAUCCCCGGAGCUCCUGAGCGAAUCCUGCAAGAGAAAAGCAACAACAACGAGCCUCCUCAGCUGCAGCCGCUAGCCAUCACCAUCGCCCUGGUCAACGAGGGCCAGCUGACGGCAGCCACCGGCGGAGCAGAGCUGUCCUGCUACCGCUGCACCGUGCCCUUCGGCGUGGUGGUCCUGAUCGCAGGCAUCGUGGUGACGGCUGUCGCGUACAGCUUCAACUCUCACGGCUCCACCAUAUCUUACUUCGGACUGGUGCUGCUCUCAGCCGGCCUGGUGCUGCUCGCCCUGAGCGCCGUUUGCUGGAAGGUGCGGAUGGAGAGAAAGAAAGAGAGGAGACGAGAGAGUCAGACGGCACUGGUGGCCCAUCAGAGGAGCAUCUUACCCUGAUUCCACACAAGCAUGAACUCAGAAACCUUCACGAUGAACGAGUCGAUGCGUCAUCCAGAUGUUUUGCGUCAGGUCGGACCAUAAAUUGUAAAAAAAGAUGGAUGACUCAUGUCCGCUUCCUUCCACUAGAAGCCAAACAGAGAUUGUCUUACUAGAGAGACGAGAGGGUCUGUAUUACUUACUAUUAGGGAAAGCGUAUUGGCAUUUACCGGAAGCAUUAGCAUUAGCU